AAGUUGUGAUCUUAAUCUUAAUUCGCAACGUGAGUCGUGUACGUGUUCAAAGCAGUUCUUCAAACUUGAAUAAAGUAUGUUGUUAAACCCUAGCUCCAUGGUUAAACCUUACUUCGAUUGACGUUUACUACAAGUGCAAUUUACGUGGCCUUUGUUGGGCUUGACGUUGGCUCAUUUGAAAGAGACUUUUCAUUUUGGAGACUGACAGAAAAUAAACAUUAAUUUCGAUUUAGAGAGUGGUUGGGUUUUUCGUCAUGAAUUUCCAAGCAUUUACCAUGGCCAGUUUGUACCUGGCUUUAGCUGUGUGCGCAGUUAUUCUUUUCCAAUCAGCGGAAGCCAAACUGAAAAAGGGCGAAUGUGAAGUUUGCAUUGAAACCCUGAAGAAAAUUGAGAAGACCAUCACAAAAAAGCAGCGUGACGAAGGCAGAGAAGGCGUUGAAAAGGCCAUCAGAAAGUACUGCAAAUCAGCCAAAACUAAGGAGUAUACUUUUUGUUACUUCAUUGGUGGUACAGCGGAUGCAGCAACUGGCUCACUGGGUGAGGUCAGCAAGCGGUUACUCAACUUUGUACCGGAGGAUAAAAUAUGCGAGCGUCUUAACAAGUUAGAUUCACAGAUAUGUGAGCUUGAAUAUGAAAAACAAAUUGAUUUGGACUCAGUAGACUUGAAGAAAAUGAAGGUGAAAGACCUGAAGAAUAUCCUGAGUGUCUGGGGCGAGGAGUGCAAAGCCUGCACAGAGAAGACGGAUUUCAUCAAACGUGUCGAGGAACUCAAACCAAAGUAUUACAAGAAGAAGACAGAGUUAUAACUCAGAUGAAUCAAGGAGGGAAAUGCACUGAUCCGGGAUCUACUGUUGUGCUUCAUACAGAGCCAUACUAGAGUGCUAAAUCCUCAUUCUCUUGUACAGGAUGUAAGGGGAGAAUGCAAAAUCAAACAGCCGGUAACUCCAGAUUUAGCUCGAGGUGUACCUUGAUGUUUUAUGGGGUACCUUGCAGUCAACGCUUGCAGUCUAAAGGCAAUAUACAACAUUUGCAAACCUAAGAAAAAACAAACAAAACCAAAUUAUUAUGAAAUACCUCACUGGACUAUUAAAGAAUGACAAUCGAAAGCAUCCUGUAACAUCAUGGCACCUGGUGUGCUGACAUUUUCAAGAACGAUUUUCCAAGAAAGAAGUUUUCCCAGCAUCUACGAACACAAAAAAGAUCAGUGUAACAAUAUUUGCUAUAGAAUACUAACCCCCCCAAAUCCGUACAUUUCUGAAAAAUACAAAAAGCAAAUGUUGUAUAUGCCCUUUAACCUCGUGUUACCGCUAGAUUUGUUUUGCAUUCUCCCCUUAUAGAAAGCCGUGAUUAUAUUGAUGAUAUGAGGGCGUGUUUGGAAUGCGACAAAGCAUUUCAAGCAUUGUCCAGUUCAUUUUGCGCACAAAUAUAAAAAUGAAUGUGAUAUGGAAAUAGCCACAUUUAAGCCAGACAAGAUGUACACGUGCCCAGACAUUGAUGUACAUGUACCAUCUACAAAGAGUGAGUUAACACUAUAGUGAUUUAACCUUCAGCCCCUGCAUCACUUGGUACUACGUUGUGUUUAUUCACUAAAGAAUCGAUACAACCAAAGAAGGCUGGGGCGGUUUUGGGUGCUACAGGGAGUAGCAGGCUGGACGGGAUCAGGCACUUCAAUGACCAAAGGGGUUAAUAUCGUUCUGUCAAAUUUUGUAAACUAUUAGACGAUGUUUUGUCAACAAAAUAGUUCUAUGAUUCCCAAGUGCAUCCUGGAUCAAGACAUUUCCAAUUUAAAAAAUAUAUUUUCAAGUUUUUCAAGUCAUUUUUUCCAAAGGUACUUCUUUGUAUAUUUUACGUACAAAAGUGUUGUCAAACUUUUCAUCAGAUCCAAAUAGAUUCACAGUAACUUGACCUGUGUUCUAUUCCGAUCAUAAUUUGUUGUAGUGCCUAUUAAUUUGUUUCUCGUGGAUUCACGUGGGUUUAAUUGAGGAUGAAGUAAUGCUUACAAUUUCUGAACCAUCAACACCCCCCUCCCUAAAAAAGGGGAUCAACCCUAUACUCUCAGCAUAUCAGUGUGUGAAGGGCUUAUUCAGAUCCCAAAAUCCCUCAUUUUGAAUCUGAAAUGAUUCCAAAAUAUAAACAGGCUAUCACUUUUUGCAGAUUUUAUGAAACUUCCUUUUCAAUGCUUUUUGGGAUGGGGUAGUUGAAUUUUGUUCUUAUACAUUCGGUUUGUGUACUAGUUGUAUAUGUGUUCUUUAUAUUUGCUACAGUAAAAACAGUUAUAAAAACAAAAUUGUUGACAAAGUUGUUUUUGUAAAGUUCCUUUUGUAGAAUAAUUUAUUCCAUUAUUCUGAGUACAUGUAACACAAGAAUCAACAUGUAUGCUGAUCACAUUGGGUAAAGUAACUAUUUUGCAUCAUUUCAGAAACAGUGUUGGACACAUGUUUGCUUGGCUCUGUGCUUCAGCUACAUUCUAAGAAUUUACAGAAUAGACCUUAUGCGUUGCAGCCUUUGCAGGUCUCUCAGAGGGCGUCCUUUGUUAUUUUAAUUUAGUAACAACGAAAGCACAAAAGGUUUAAUCACACCUAUCCAAGUGAAACAAUAUUAUUGCCCUCUUAACUUCACCUUAAUGCAAAAAGUCUAUAUCUUGUAGGGAACCGUUAAGCUUGAGCAAAUACAGUUAUACACACUGUUAUACGUACAGUAAACAUAAUACAUGUACAGCUUAAAAACUUAAGAAAUUUAUAAAAUAUUUGUUUUAACUUAAAUAUUUAUGACAUUCAUUUUGCAAUAAAUUUUUUAAAGCAAUCUGAA